CUCGGUUCAUUUUGGAUUCCGUAACGAAAAACGACGUCGGACUACAAAGGCGGAUAUAAAACCUUAGUAAGAAAAACUCUCUCGCACGCACACAGGGUCACAGACAAAACUACAAGAGAGGCUGAUCGAGAAACAAGGUGGCAGUUAUUAAAUGCUCAGAUUAUGUGAGAAAUUUGGAGAAGCCCGUUUAAUUUUGGUUAUUUUUACUGGAUAAAGAUUCAAUUGUGUGGUUGUACUGUAUUUUCAUUAUGAGUGGUGCUCCUAAAAGAUCUCACGAAGAGAGUGGUCAUUCCUCAUCUUCAAAAUACCCACAUGAGGAUUCAGGCGCGUACCCCAAGCUGUCAUCAGCAGUUUCUAGCGAGUACCAUCCCCCCUAUGAAGUGAGUCAAGAUGGUCGGAUGCCGAAGAUUCCACGGACUGAAUCUCGUGAUGCAGAGAGAAGAUCUCCUCUUCAUUCAGUCUAUAGGAUGCCAUCUUCUUCAAAUGAUUCACAUGUAGAUCAUUCUGAAAACAGGCUGGAAUUGAGGGAUUCGAAGGAUAGUAGAGAUCUCCGAUUUGAGAACCGUGAUACAAAGACGGAGACGAGAGAGUUGUAUAGUGAGGCCAGGAGGGAAUCUCAAAAUGCAAAGGGUGAAAAGGAUGUAAGAUCUGAAAGUAGAGGGGCCGAUAAUAAGGAAACAAGAUAUGAUAGGGAAAGUUAUAAUGAUUCAAAAGGUGAUAUGAAGAUGGAAAAGGAUGGUUAUGGUGCAUCAAAUAGUCACUUGAAUUGGAAGGAACCAAAAGAGCAUCAAAGGGGAAAAAGAUACCCUGAUGCCUCAGGUGGAGGUAUAAAUUUCUGGCAUGUUCCACGUGGUAAUUCACAGAGCCCCGUUGAGGUAGGAAAGGAAGGUUCCACAACUGAAGAGAGGGAUUUUGUGGAGGCUCACGAGGCUGUUGGGGAAAACAAAGUUGAUUCAAAGGGUGAAGAGAAAUUGAAAGAGAAGGAGAAAAAGAGGAAAGAUGUGAAGCAUAGGGAUUGGGGGGAAAGGGAUAAAGAAAGAGGUGAUCGCAGGAGCGGCAUGCAAGUAGCUAAUAGCAGUAGUGAGUGCAAAGAGUCAGUUAAAGAAGAAAGAGAUGUAGAGAGGUGGGAGAGGGAGAGAAAAGAGUUUUCAAAAGACAGGGAAAGACUAAAAGAGAGGGAAAAGGAUCAUACCAGGAGAGACUCAUGGAACGGAGUAGAGAAAGAGACUUCUCACAAUGACAAGGAAGUAGGGGAUGGAUCUUUAAGAAUGCCAGAGCAGGAAAAUCCAGCACCAGAUCAGAAAAAACAAAAAGAUUUGGAUAGCUGGAAAAAUGUCAAUUGGGAAGCAAGAGAAAGGAGGAAAGAAAGCAAUGAUAUUGAAGGAGAUAGAACUGAAAAGCGCAAUAGGUGUGACGACAAAGAAUCAGAUGAUGGUUGUGCAGAUGGUGAAGGGGCUACUGAAAGGGAAAGGGAAGUUUAUAAUUAUGGAGUUCAACAUCGUAAAAGAAUGCAACGGUCAAGGGGCAGCCCUCAAGUGACUAACCGUGAGCACCGUUUUAGGGCUCGUGCUCAAGAGAAUGAAGGUGUUUCAGGUAAAGCUGAAGUUUCUUCUGUUGUUUAUAAAGUUGGUGAAUGCAUGCAAGAACUGAUAAAGUUGUGGAAGGAAUACAAAGCAUUAGAAGCUGAAAAAAGUGGAGAAAGCUCUUCAAAUGGUCCCACUCUUGAAAUCCGGAUUCCAGCUGAGCAUGUCACUGCUACAAAUCGCCAAGUCAGAGGUGGCCAGCUAUGGGGGACAGAUAUAUACACUGAUGACUCGGAUCUUGUUGCUGUUCUUAUGCAUACAGGUUACUGUCGCCCCACAGCUUCUCCUCCCCCACCUGCUAUCCUAGAGUUACGUGCUACUAUUCGAGUGCUACCUCCACAAGAUUGUUACAUCUCCACUUUGAGAAACAAUGUUCGUUCACGAGCUUGGGGUGCUGCAAUUGGUUGUAGUUACCGUGUUGAGCGUUGCUGCAUUGUAAAGAAAGGAGGUGGAACCAUUGAUCUUGAGCCUUGUCUUACACAUACAUCAACAGUAGAGCCUACCCUUGCUCCAGUGGCUGUUGAGCGGACAAUGACUACCAGGGCUGCUGCUUCGAAUGCGUUGCGGCAACAGAGAUAUGUUCGAGAAGUUACGAUACAGUACAACCUCUGCAAUGAGCCUUGGAUUAAGUACAGUAUAAGCAUUGUUGCUGACAAAGGUCUGAAGAAGCCCCUUUAUACAUCCGCACGAUUGAAGAAGGGAGAAGUUCUGUAUUUAGAAACACAUUCAUGCAGGUAUUCUUAUGUGUUGGAGGAGAAUGUUGACUGGGAAGAUGUGCAGUGGUCUCAAACCGGCGUUUGGAUAGCUGGAAAAGAAUAUACACUUGCUCGCGUGCAUUUUCUAUCUAUGAAUUAGUUUAGUCUUCUCAAUGUUUACCUUCACAAAAUGUAUUUACAACUAUUUAAUCCUCAUCUCAUGUACUGGACGAGCCUGUUGAAUCGAAAUGAUGCAAGUUUUAAAUUGCCAAAACACUGUUAUUUGUUUAGUUCAACUCAA